ACGGUAACGGCUGGGAAGCCCUGGCGCCGUAAAGGAGCAGGGCGCAGGCGCGGGGCCGGGUGCAGGCGCGGUGAGGGUUAGAUGGCGCAUUACAAGGCCGCGGACUCCAAGCGGGAGCAGUUCCGCCGGUACCUGGAGAAGUCGGGGGUGCUGGACACACUCACCAAGGUGUUGGUAGCCUUAUAUGAAGAGCCCGAGAAACCAAAUAGUGCACUGGACUUUCUGAAGCAUCAUCUGGGAGCUUCAGCUCCUGAGAAUCCAGACUUAGAGGCACUUCGCUUUGAAGUGGCAGAGAUGAAAGAAAAAUAUGAAGCUCUGUUGGAAGAAAAUAAAGAACUGAAAACCAAGCUGGCUAAAUAUGAACCACCUCAAGACGAGAAGCAUGGUGAAUAACAGUAGUUUCUCCUUUAAUGCCUUUCCUUAAUAAAGGGCUUCCUGAGAA